AUGGCCCGGAACGCGCAGGCCCUGCCCACCGUACAGCUUACUCCGAUCGAGAAGACCUUAAAAGAGCUCCUUCUAGACGUCGCGCAAUAUAUUCGGAAUCAAGAGAUUGCAAAGGGUGGGAAUGAGGACCUCCCGCACACCGAGCUACGGUUUACUGGGGGUUGGGUGCGAGACAAGCUGCUAGGCGUAGACAGCAAUGAUAUCGAUGUGGGAAUCAGUACGAUGACAGGAUACCAAUUCGGUAUGGCUCUGAAGGAAUACUUGGAUGCACCGGAGAACCUGGACAGGUACAAGAAGAACCACCCGAACGGCGAGCUGAACGAAGCCAUUGUCAGUCUACACAAGAUCGAAGCGAACCCCGAAAAGUCGAAACACUUAGAGACGGUGGCCACGAAGAUCUUUGGUCUCGAAAUUGACCUGGUCAAUCUGCGAAAGGAGACAUACUCGGAGGACAGCAGGAACCCGCAGAUGGAGUUCGGUACGGCACAGGAAGACGCCAUGCGCCGUGAUGCGACGAUCAACGCGCUUUUCUACAACCUGAAUGAGUCCAGGGUGGAGGACCUCACGGAAUCCGGCUGGAGUGAUAUGCAGAACAAGAUCGUUCGCACUCCAUUAGAGCCAUUCCAGACUUUCAAGGAUGACCCGUUACGUGUGCUACGGUUGAUCCGGUUUGCCAGCCGGUUGGGAUAUCAGAUCCAUGAGGAUACAGAACGAGCGAUGCAGAAUAAGGAAAUUAGUGAAGCUCUCAAGCUGAAGAUUAGCAAGGAGCGUGUUGGAACGGAGCUGGAAAAAAUGCUUAAAGGGCCUGAUCCUCGAGGCGCAUUGAAUCUUAUUGAUCGUAUCGGACUUUAUAUUACGAUAUUCGCGAACCAUCAAGACGAUGUCCAAGCAGAAACAUCGUCCUGGGCUCUUGCAUACAAUACCUUUCAAAAAUUGCUACGUACGGGUGCAGAGAGCAGUGACGCCGUCGGGCGCGUAAGGAAAAUGCUCAUUCGUGAUAAGUCAGAAAUCUACUAUGCAUGGGUCAUCACUGCAUUCGCACCUUGGACCAGUGUCCCGACACGUAUAGUCUCGGGUAAAGCCAAACCGCUUCCACCACGUGCAUCCGAAGUUGCCAGAGACAGUCUUCGUUCGGACAACAAGACCAUCAAUAUUUUGCGGGACUCGUCGAAUAAUUGGAAAAGCAUUAUCGAUGUCAAAUCGUCGCUUCUAGAGGAGCGCCUGAACGGCACGGCUGCGGAAAUUCGACAGCAAGUUGGUCUACACAUGCGGUCAUGGGGAAAGGAAUGGAGACUUCAAUUUGUCUUGAGUAUUCUUCAAGAAGUCAUGCAGGGACACGAUUUCUCUAAAGUUAUUCAAGAAUACGACGCUUUCCUGGAAUAUAUGGUGAAACAAGACCUCAAAGAGAUAUGCGAAAUGAAGCCCAUCGCAAACGGAGACGAAAUCAUGAAGCAUAUGAAGGUAUCGAAAGGGCCAUGGAUGAGUAAAGUCAUCGAUGCGGCGAUUAAGUGGCAGCUCCUGUAUCCAGAGGUCACUGAGAAGGAAAAGAUUUUGGAAGCCCUCUCAAUCAUGGAAGAACUUCGCAGAGCGGCACGUGAGUCCCUCCAACAACAGCCCGACCUCCCAGCCAUUACCCUUCCAGACAACAUCACACUCCCCGAUUCAUUAAAUUCAUUAUGGAAUGAGCUGUCAUCUCUAAGUCCAAAAAGCGAUGAAGAGACCAGCGAAGACCUCCUUGUUGCCCAAGGAUUUCUGGAUAAAUGGGACUUAAAGAAAUUAUCAGACCGGGAUGAGGAUGUGGUGAACUACAUGUAUAAGUGGACUUGUCGAAUCAAAUCAACUAUUGCCAUUUCCGUUCUUACAUCUUUGGCUGCCCUAUUACCCGUUGAGAAAACUGCCAACAAACCGGAUAUCGUCAUCGCACUGGCAAGCUCCACGUCUGAUAACAAUCCUUGGAUGACAAGCACAAGUUCCACAAAGGCUAGGGAGGCACUGCAAUCUUUCACUACAGACCUUCGUGCAGAUGCAUCCACUUUCUGGUCUGUCGUUGAGCAGGUCCUGAAAGAGGGAGUAAAGCCUCUCUUCGCCAAAACGAGGAAUCCGGCAAUCACAGAUGCUGGUCGGAAGAACUUCCAUCCUGUGCCUUUGGGUCGUUUCGACACGAGUAUUUUGGAUCCGGAGUCGAAGCCGUGGAAAGUUCACAAUCCCUAUGCUACUACUGUUUUUGAGUGGGUUAUUGCUCAGUAUCAUCCCACGGAUAAGGGGUAUCUGGAAAGACAUUUCCCUCUCCUCAUACCUCCAAUAUUGUCCCUAAUAGACGACGACAAUCUAGCCUUCAAAGCCCGUGGCUGUAGCAUCCUCCUACAACUCCUCAAACCAAUCAGAGAAAGCAAAUCCGACAUCCUCCGGCGAACGAACCUCUCCUCCGUCUUCGAAGACGCCAUAAAGCAAUCCUUCUUCUCGCUCCCAACAAUUACACCGGAAAACGACUCUAUCAAACUCCUCGAGGUCGCCUACCCUGCCCUUCUCUCUGUCCUGAAAACAGCCUACCAGCUUCCCACCGUCCCAACGAACAAUAAAGAAGACGAUAUAAACACAUAUAUUACCGGUGUCACCAGAAUCCUCCGCGACCAUAUCAUCCCGUCAUUCCACCACAUCAGCUCAACGAACACAACCUCGACAUUCUCGUUCGCAUCCUUCCCGUACCCACGCCUCUCCACGCUUCUGGUAAACCAGCUGCACAACAUCCUAUCAGAACUAGGCAUCUAUACCACAAAAUACCUCCAGGAAAUUAUUCCCGUCCUGUACAGUACACUCUCAAACCCGUUUGGUCCCGCACACAUCCCUCUGCUUCUCAUGUCUGUAGCAGCAACGCGGGCUGUUAUUCUUAACGCGCAUCCGCGGUUAUGGAGAUGGCGCGGGGAGAUACUUGGUGGUAUUUGUGCGUGUUGGGUGUAUGCGGUUGAAGAAGAGGGCGGGGUUGCGGAGCGUGCAGAGAAGGGGCGUGGAUUGGAGGGUGACAAGGCGGCUGGGGAGGCGUUGGAUGCGCUGAAGAAGGAGCUUAGGGGUGUUGUCUAUUUGUUGAAGCUUGCGUUGGAGAAUCCUGUGGAUGCGGAGGGAGAUGAGGGACAGUUGGGUGCGAAGGAGAAGAUCGGGGAUGAGAUAAAGGAAUUGAUUGUUGCGGAUGAUAUCCUGAAAGAACUGCUUUUGGGUUAUAUUGAUCUUGAGGAUAGAAGUUUCUUUGGUUGUUAA